CGCAUUGCCAUCGUAUACUUCAUCCUAGACCUUCUACCCUCCCACCCCUAAGCCUUGUCACCUCAUAGAUCUCGACGGCCACAGCACAUACAUCCCUGCUCCAAAGGCUUUCGCAUCCCACUGUGCCAAUAUUCGUUUCAGCAGGUAGUAUUUCAGCAAUAUGUCCGGCAUCUGUCGCGCUCGCCUUGCAGAGGAACGCAAAGCAUGGAGGAAAGACCAUCCCUUCGGCUUCUACGCUCGCCCAGUCAAGAAGGAGGACGGUUCGCUCGAUAUGCUCAACUGGGAGGCAGGGAUUCCAGGAAAGACAGGGACGAUCUGGGAGGGCGGUCUAUACAAGCUCACCAUGGCAUUCCCAGAAGAGUUCCCCACAAAGCCGCCAAAGUGCAAAUUCACACCACCUCUCUUCCAUCCCAACAUCUAUCCAUCUGGCACAGUCUGCUUGUCGAUCCUUGACGAGGAGAAGAAUUGGCGGGCCUCGAUAAACGUCAAGCAGAUUCUGCUGGGUAUCCAGGGCCUGCUCGACGAGCCGAACCAGGCCGAUCCAGCACAAGCGCCUGCCUUCCACUUGUUUAACAACGACCGAGCUGGCUAUGACAAGAGGAUCAAGCAGCAAGCACGGGAAAUGGCUGCAUGA